UGUAUCCCCCAAUCAGAAACAAAACAGAGGAAAAGAAAUGAAGUAAACAUUGAGAAAAUCAAUUCUUUUUGUUUUCGAAAAAAAAAACUUGAAAGAAAUUUGGAAUUGGAUUGAACGAAACGUUGGCCGAUGCUGUUAUUGCAAAAACGCUGAAAACCGUUAACAUUUAAGUCUUCGGUGGUCCUGCAUUUUUGAGAUUUUCACCAGGUCAAAAAUAACUUCUAUUUUAAGUCAUUCGUAUUGUGAAUCAAUAGAAAGAACUGCAGUUUUGUGAUUGGUAUUAUGAUAUUGGAUGAAAUAGUCUCAUGGUAUCAGAAAAAGAUUGGAACCUACGACAAAGAACCAUGGGAGAAGACAGUUGAAAUGAAAAUAUUGGAUGGCUUCAAUAGCGGAGUAGCUCUGAAGACAGCAAAGCUAAAGACCGAGUUAAUCGAUGUAGACUUGGUUAGAGGUUCAAGCUUUCCCAAGGCUAAGCCGAAACAAUCAUUAACAACUGUGAUACGUUUAUCAAUAUUACGUUACAUAUUUCUGCCCCUCUAUGCACAAUGGUGGGUGAAGCAAACCUCCCGCAAUGCAUUCGGCUUGUUAUUCGUACUUUAUUUAACCCAAAUGAUAAAUUGGGCCGUCUACACCUGCAAUGUGAAUCGUUUGGAAGCUACAGCAGCAUUAAAUGUAAGCAGCGAUAGCAUUACAACGACGACGACGGCGACAAACUUAAGCCAAACAAUUACAAACAACGAUGAAAAAUCAGAGAAUGAUCAUAUCGUUUCACUUUCGGAGCUUUUGAUUCCUAUGGCCUUAAGUCUUCUACUAAGUCUAAUACACUCUCAGAUAGUAGCUACGAAUAUAGCUCAAGUUGGAGGCGUCAAGUGCAAAAGAAGACGUUACUCCAAUGCCAGCCAGAGCAGCAAUGGGCGACAAGGAAAAUUCAUGCGUAGACGCAAAAAGCUAGUUAAAUUGAGAAGCCAGGAUCUGUUGGAAAAUAACAAAAAAUAUACAAGUGGGGCAGGCGUUGGUGGCAAUGAUUUGGCGGCUACUACCAAAUCUAAUCCAAAUCCAUCUAAAUCCAUUUUGGAAAUUCCAUGUGCACCCUACCAACAGCCUCCCACAUCUUUAAAACUGAACUUGGGGGCUUCACAACAACCCCCUUAUUUAUCACAACUAAAGCUAGAUCUCAGUGAUACAAUCACAAAUUCAGAAGACUUUUUAUUGAACAACGCCGCGGAAUGCACUCUACGCAAGCGUAAUGUCAAGUUUGCAGAAACGCAGGAGAAGCAGCAGCAAACCUCUCCGCAAUCAAUAUCCACUACCAGUAGUACACGAACAUCGUUAAAAGGUGAAAAUUCCAGCCCAUCGUCGAACAGUCCGUGUUUAUCGCCAACUAAAUCUGUUCGUAUCGAUGAUUGCGUACAAGAAUUCUAUGAAGAUUUAAUGAGUAGGUCUUCAGCUACAACGGCUCAACAACAGCGGGCAGCAAAUGCACCGGCAGAAGGACAAAAUGCCUCGAAUACACGUCGUACUGUCGGAGAGGAUGAUGGAUUUGAAAGUCUGAAUGGCAAGAGUUCUAGUGGUGAGGACAACAAUGCGUCACCACACGCUUUACGAUUACGUUCAAAUAUUGGCAACAGUCAUGAACGGGUGGAGCUAAUGACAGAGCGCAAAAUAAAAACACACAACAGUGACGCCAAAUCCCGCGAUGUAAGCAGUGAUGAGACCGAAGAAGAUGGAGACGAUGGGGAUUUAAUUUCAAGUCCAGCAUCACAAGGUGGUAACACGUCCAAUUGCAACGAAUGCACGACCUCUGCCACAGAAUGGCUGGGCAUUACAACAAACAGUGACGAGUGCAGUUACAGUUCAGAGUAUGAUAAUUCCGAUGAUUAUAAGGGCAAUCAAUAUUCGGACGAAAAUAUAUCCGAUUUGGAUUAUACGCCAACCGUCAUUUUAAACCCCCAUGGGACCAGUGACAGGAUUAGCUGCACUAUUUGGGAUCAUCGUGAAAUUAAAAAGGCCCAAAUGUCUGUUUUGGAGAUAUCUUCUGCAAUCAUUGAGAACGUUGAAUUGAUGCCCGAAACAAACGAUUACAUUUAUAUCGGUAUAUUUUUCUCAUUUGUAUUAUCACUGAUACCGGUUUUCUGUAGGCUGUGCGAAAUAACAAUGGAUUCGGAAAAAUCCAGCGAAAUCAAUUAUUUGGAUUUACCAAUGAUGCUGUGGGAGAAGGCUUCAUUUUCGUUCACCGCUAUUUUUCGUUUUGCAUUUGGCGACACCAAGUGGGAGAGAACGGUUCUGAUCAUAGGGUUCGUCAACCGUUUAUGUUUGACCCUCAUACUUUUCAUGUUUUUUAGUGUGGCCGAACGUACUUUCAAACAGAGAUUUCUCUAUGCCAAGCUGUUUUCACAUCUAACGUCGUCUAGACGAGCCAGGAAAUCUAAUUUACCUCAUUUCCGCUUGAACAAAGUGCGAAAUAUUAAAACCUGGCUAAGUGUACGCUCGUAUUUAAAGAAACGGGGUCCCCAACGUUCGGUUGACAUCAUUGUAUCGGCAGCUUUCAUUGUAACCUUGUUGCUGUUGGCGUUCUUAAGCGUCGAAUGGUUAAAGGAUUCAGUGCAUUUACACUCUCACCUAAAUCUGGAAGCAUUGUUGUGGUCAAGCACAAUUGGAAUUUUCCUGCUGCGAUUCAUGACCUUGGGCAAUAAAAUUCACCAUAAAUACCGAAGUGUUUCUGUACUAAUAACGGAACAGAUCAACCUCUACUUACAGAUUGAAAAGAAACCCAAAAAGAAAGACGAACUUAUGGUCUCAAAUAGUGUUCUAAAACUGGCAUCUGAUUUAUUGAAGGAGCUGGAGACACCAUUUAAAAUAUCCGGGCUCAGUGCAAAUCCAUAUCUUUUUACAACAAUCAAAGUAGUGAUUUUGUCAGCCUUAUCUGGAGUUCUUAGCGAAAUGCUGGGCUUUAAGCUAAAAUUACAUAAAAUCAAAAUAAAAUAAUUGUAUGUACCUUCAAAAAUUUAGCACUUGAUGUCUGUACUUUCGUAGAUCGUAGUGAAUAUUUUUUUCUAUUUCUAUUCUUAUUAUUAUUAUUUUCUAAAUGAAUGGAAUGCACAGGCUUAAUUGAACGUUUACAAAGCAGACCACUAAGGUUGUGAUUUCCAUGUAAUAUAAACAAAGUGAUGAUGGAUGAACAAAAUAAUGCCAUAGAUUUAUUCAUUUUAAAGUAUCGCAAUACGUGUGAAUGUAUUUACCUAUAUAUUUAUAUUUAGAAAAGUGUAUUAUUGUGAUGUUGUAUUUGUUUUCAAAUCUCUCAAAAGAUAUUCUUCAAAAUUCAUAGCUUAUAAGAAUUACACAUCUAUCUAAAAGAGGCAAACUUAGUAUUCAGUUGAUAAUAAAGUAAUAUUUAAACAAA